CCCAAACAAAACCCUCACAACCUUGCCGCCCCGGCCCUUGUCUCCUCUCUGCAUCGUCACUUCUCACUUUCCACGGCGAAGUGUGAGCAAGUUCGCUUGGAAUCGAACUCCCAACAAAAACCUAAAGUGUUUCCCUUGCCUAUUUCUGUUCUAAGAUGUUAUCUCGUUGUUUUCGCUCCAUUUCAAUUGUUCCAAGAAACUUCAUUCCCAUCACUCUGUCUCAUUACAUAUCCAAACCUCAAAACAACAUUCCUUUUCAUAGAAUCAAAGCAAGUUUGAGUUCUGUCUCAACUCUAACAUGUAUAAGACCAAACACUGUAACUUUUCAAGUGAGAUCUAUAGCAACUGUUGUUGAUUCAGUUGCUGGGUUUGGUGAGGUGGUCGUUGGGCCACAGCGGAAGUAUUACUUCCUAGGUGGGAAAGGAGGUGUUGGGAAAACAAGCUGUGCUGCUUCUCUUGCUGUAAAAUUUGCACAUCAUGGGCACCCAACCAUUGUGAUAUCAACUGAUCCUGCUCAUUCCUUAAGUGAUUCUUUUGCCCAGGAUUUGACAGGAGGGGUUCUUGUUCCUGUUGAAGGAUUGAAUUCUCCUUUGUUUGCUCUUGAGAUAGACCCUGAGAGAGCUAAGGAGGAUUUCCGUUCUGCAAGUCAAAAGAAUGGCGGGAGUGCUGUCAAAGAUUUUAUGAAUAACAUGGGCCUUGGAAUGCUUGCUAAUCAGUUAGGGGAACUGAAACUAGGAGAGCUGUUGGAUACCCCUCCACCUGGUUUAGAUGAAGCUAUUGCAAUUUCAAAGGUUAUGCAAUUUGUUGAAUCACCACAGUAUAGUAUGUUUAGCCGGAUAGUGUUUGAUACUGCACCCACGGGCCAUACACUUCGGCUUUUGUCCCUUCCUGACUUUUUGGACGCAUCCAUUGGCAAAGUUAUGAAGCUCAAGCAGAAGUUAGCUUCAGCAACCUCAGCCAUCAAAUCUGUUCUUGGGAAAGCAGAAGAACAACAGGAUGUGCCUGACAAACUAGAGCAACUGAGGAAGAGGAUGACAAAAGUGCGAGACCUUUUCCGGGAUUCCAAUACCACUGAGUUUGUUAUAGUAACCAUACCAUCGGUAAUGGCAAUAAAUGAGUCAUCGAGGCUGCACGCCUCUUUGAGAAAGGAACAUGUUCCUGUUCAGAGGCUUAUUGUUAAUCAGAUUUUACCUCCGUCCACAUCGGAUUGCAAGUUUUGCACUACGAAAAGGAAGGACCAAAUGCGUGCCAUUGAUAUGAUUAAGAAUGAUCCAGAACUUGCUAAUUUGAAGAUAAUUCAGGCACCAUUAGUUGAUUUAGAGAUAAGAGGUAUUCCAGCUCUUAAGUAUAUGGGAAAUAUGGUUUGGACAUGAUUUUUUGCAUAAUUAUGAAAUGAUGUAUUUGUAGAAGAUACUUCUCUUUCGUUAUUAUUAUUUUUUAUUUCAAAUCCUAUGUUUGAGCUCACAAAGUGACAUCUACAUAAUGUCAAUUGUU